GCGGCCACAUACAGUAGAUGUGGAUGGUGCAGUGGGGAUGCGCAGCAAUCCACCAACGAUGUUACGUUUGGGAGGAGGAGAAUCUGACCAAUAAGGCGGAUAUUGCAGUUUCACCUUUUGCACAUGUCCGAUGUCGUCAUUGGGAAACCACUAUCGCACUGCCUCGUAUUGCAUCCCUGACAAAAAUGGACAAACUCAAAGUGGGAGUCCGGAGCGAUGCGGCAACAUCAACUUUAAAGCAACUUGAUGGACAAAACUAGAGGAGUCCCUUUAAGAUGACACGGACAGACCUGCCUGACAUACUGGUAUCAACUGUGCAUCAAGAUAUAAAAGUUGUCCCGAUUUUUUCACACUACAAAUCCUUGCAACCCUCCAAACAAUGUGAUUCUAUAAAUUACAGCACACUGGAGGACAGUAAGAACAAAGUCAAUAAGAGGCACUGCUGUACCUUUGACUACAAGUCAUUGGAGUACUCAAAAUCCCAUAAAUACUCAAUGGAGUCCCCAUACAGGAAGGCUGACAGGCAUGCAGCUAACCCAGAUGUUGCAUGGAAUGCCUUGGGCCGCCAGCAGAGAUAUCGCUUUUCUGCUCCAGACAUUUUCAGCCACAGGCUAACCCCUCAACCAAUGGCUGCUGAUAUGGCCAGUGACAAAGUUGUCCCUGAACAGAAAAGAAGGACCAGGUCAAAAAGUGCCCCUCGAGUUCAGACUAGUCUCACCCCUGUUUCUUUUGAAGGAUCCUCAUCUUUGGGAAGGAAGGGAAGGGAGUCCCAAAAGGCUCCAAGAGACUCCUACUGGAGACAGGAAGUAUCACCUCGUAGGGAGUCCUCCUAUACAGCAACUCGGGCUCAUAUGCAUGAGGUCCAUCCCAUUAAGUUGCAGCCUCAAAUAACUGACAGCAGUAAAUAUUCCCCAAGUGAGGAUGGAGGACUGGAUAAACCAGCAACUAGUCCUCAUGUCAGGUGUAGGGUGGACAUCAAACCUGAUGAGGCUGCAUUACAUAAUUCAGGACGGAAACAGGCUUCACCUCAAAUAGACAUACCCUGGCAGAGGCACCACAGUGGGGGGAGUAGGAGCCUUACUGUGCCACGACAUUUCUCCUAUUCUAGAACACCAACUCCCACUGAUUCAUUAGGUACAGAGAGCAGGCAAGCUUAUCAUUAUUCCCGCAGCAUGCCAAAUAGUUACUUACAACCCAUGGAGAUUCCAUUGCAAAGAAUGCCUUCAUCAAGUGAUUCCUAUUAUAGAGAACGCAGAGCUCAUUCCAGCCCCAACGUGCCAACAAAAUUCUUUUAUGCGGAUGACCCAGGUAGAUAUGUUACUACUGUCCCUCCUCAACCAAGUUCUUACUUUCAUGAUGAACGUUACACACCAGGACAAACAUACAGUCCAAAAGUGCAAUAUUUGCAAGAUCCAAGGACUCGAAGGAUGCAUGCUGUAGCUACAAGACCCUUUUAUCCUGAGAUGGAGACCUAUCCAUACUCUGUGCAGACAGGGUAUCCCAAACCCUAUGCAGCAAAUGAACCAGGGCCAUACAUCAUACAGACACCUCCAGCAAGAAUAUUUUAUGGGGAUGAUCCAAGGUCUUAUCAAAUCCAGACUGCUCCACCAAGAUUUUAUUAUUCAAGUGAUAUGUAUGCAAUGCCACCAGAGCAUCAUAUCCCUGCAAGGGCAUAUUAUACAGAGGGCCGGAGACAUGCUAGAGUCAUUCAGGCACAAACAGAUGACUGGUAUGGCUCAGAUGCAUCUGGCUAUUCCACCAAUCCUGCCUCUUAUGUAUCUCAAGUGACUCCAACCAGAGUCCGUCAUGAGCCUGUGUUAACAUCCUGGUAUGCCAACCCAUGUGUAGAACCUCAAAGAAUUGGCGCAGAUUCCAAAUCUUACUCAAGGUCCUGGGACAAUAUUCUCAACUCUCGUGUUGAGAGGGAACAACCUCUUCCUGUACAGCGUGGUCAGAGCUAUGAUGAUCUUCUUGAGUCUAGAAAGCCUGCGGCCGCCACAGGUGACAAGCCACAGCCAGUGGUAGUCAAUCUGUCCAGUUCACCAAGACGCUAUGCAGCCUUAUCGAUGUCUGAUAACUCACUAAUUGACAAAAGCCCAACAGAGACAUCAAAGAGCACUUCUGGUAAACUCUGGUUUGUAACUCCUGAGAUAACAAUCACUGAUAAUGACAUUCGACCAGGGAAACUUAAUAAGGCUGAAGGGCGGUCUGCCAGUUGGGAUGUUCUUGACUCCCGAAGCACUGAGGGUCCAGAAUUGUCUCAGCAUGACUUUCAAAGUUCAGCCAAAGAGAAGACACAUGACAAUGCCUCUCUACAGCAAAGCCUUGAACAACUUGAUGAGCUUCUGGCAGAUCUCGUGACUGAUUACAAGCCACCUAGUAGAAGAGCAAGUGAGGACAUUCUGGAUCAGCUAAAGAAGUUAAUUGAUGAGGAAGAAGCAGUAUCUCUGUCCAGAAAAAGCUCAAAGGCAGGUACAGAGGAACCACCUCCUCUUGAUAAACAGCCAACCUCAAUAAGAAUGAAUCCUGAUGCUUAUCGAGACAUGGAUGGGGGCAGUGAUGCAAUGAAGAAUGUAGAUGAGUGUUCCCCAGAUCAGAGCCCAGAUGAGGAUGAUACAAUGAUGUGCUCCAACAACAAAUGCCGGAGGACAGAGACCUUGUUCAAUGCUUGCUUAUAUUUUAAAUCUUGCCACAGUUGCUAUACCUACUAUUGCUCCCGUAACUGUCGCAGGGAGGACUGGGACAUUCAUAAAGAAAGCUGCUUGUAUGGAAGAAUUGGCAGCACAUGUCGUCACAUCAUCAAACACUGCCGGGAGACUGUUGAUGUCCACAAAGCCUUCUCCCGCAUUGCCAAAGUUGGCUACCUCUCACGAGGUAGAGGAGUUCUCUUUCUUGGUUUUCCAAACCCUGCAUCAUCCACUAACUUCCUUCAGUAUGGCCUGGAUAGUCUACUUAUGUCUCCCACAUACCUGUCCCUGCGAGAGCUUGAAAGCUUCAAGGACAACCUGGGGGAGUAUUGUAAGGAGCUUCAGGAAGCUGGUAAAGAAUACGACCCAAAUGAAUGUUUCAUCCUGAAUGUUUCUAUUGCUGUUGGUGAGCAAUUGCCAGAUGGGCCAUCACCAAGGAACCAAGCGCCAACUGUCAGAAAAUAUGCAAAGGUAGCACUGGCUUCAUUCAGUCCUGAGAGAAAGCUUCACAAGAAAGAGAGUGACAUGGAAACGCUGAUCCUCACUCCACCCCCAGGAACAGCAGAUAUCGACAAAGAGGGAGAGGAAGGCAGGAAGGCUAGGGAAAUCUGUUUUAUCAAUAUUCAACGGGAGUUACGGAUCCGUGGGGUUUUCUUACGCCAUGAAUAUCCACAGGUGUAUCAGCAGCUAUGUGAGUUUGUGGAAAGUAACAGAAGGUUCACACCCACAACUAUUUAUCCCAUUGAUAAGAGGACCGGUAAACAGUUUAUGUGCAUGAUUAUGGCUGCCUCUGAGCCCAGGACUUUGGACUGGGUGGGCACCCCACAUCUCCUUGAUGACAUUAUUUAAGUGAAACUUUUGUUGUACAUAUAUAUCUAUAUAUAUAUCUAUAUCUAUUUAUAGAUAUAUAGAUAUAAAUAUAUAUAGUUACACAUAUUUAUAUAUAAAUCCAAUCACAAACAUUUGUAGACAAGUAUUUUGUUAC